AUGGGUGAUAUCAUAGAUGGUAGUCAAGCAGCCUUUGUUCCUAGGAGGGUAAUAACUGAUAAUAUAUUGUUAAGCCAUGAACUUGUAAAAGGUUACACUAGGAAAGGGGUGUCAGCUAGAUGCAUGAUCAAGAUUGAUAUGCAGAAAGCUUAUGACUCCUUGGAAUGGGGCUUCCUUGAACAAGUACUGGUGGUUUUAAAUUUCCCUGUUGAGUUUGAAGAUGUCGAGUCUGUUAGAUUACUUUUUGAGAAGUUUACAAUGUUCUCUCAGUCUUCUGGUCUCAAUGCAAACCUGGGGAAGAGUUGUAUCUAUUUUGGGGGAGUCAAAGAUCAGGUACAAAGUGAAAUACUGGGGGUGUUGGGAAUGAGCAAAGGCAGUAUGCCUUUGAGAUACUUAGGGGUCCCCCUCAGUACCAAGAGAGUUUCUAUUGCACAGUGUCAGCCCCUCUUAGACAAGAUGCUAAGUAGAGUCAAGUCCUGGACCACAAAGCUCCUAUCUUGUGCUGGGAGUCUUCUCAUAAAGUCAGUAUUGUUUUGUAUACAAGUGUUCUGGGCACAGGUUUUUGUCUUGCCAAAAAAGAUUGUUGAAGCAAAUGAAGCCACUUUAAGAACCUUCCUGUGGACUGGAGGGACUGCUUUAUAA